ACGUUACCUACUACGUACUGGUGAUUCUGUGUUUGACAGUACGCGCGCGGUAUUUUGCGGGCUAUCAUCGAAUUUAGCCGACGUUAACCGAUGUUUAACGAAGCCCGUGAGUGAGUUCCGUGUGUGUUGCGUGGUACGUUCGUUGGUGUUCAGUUGGUGCGCCUCGACUGGGCAAAAUCGCGUAAAAUGGAAACAGAAUUUCGUUGUGAGGUUGAGGUUGGCCGUUGAAAAAAGUGAACAUGGGAAGGUCCAAGUUUCCCGGAAAGCCGCCGAAGACGGUCACCAGGAAACGGAUUAAAGUUCUCGGCCAGCCCGAGACAGCCCAAACCGAUUCGGUAACCGUCGCCGAGAACAUCUACUACGGACUUUCCCUGUUCAACGAAACAUUUGGUGACAACGAGAAGGAACAUCCACCAUUCCAUGGUUUUAGCACUAAAGAGGCUAAUCUUUCAGUGUCAUAUAUAAAAACUCAACAACAUGACACAGAGAAUACAACCGUUAAAUCACCACCUGAUGCUGCUACUAAUCCCAUACCGCAACAAGCUGAACAAAACAUCACAGAUACUAAAAGUUCUCCAUCGAACACUGAAAAUAAUACAGAAAAUUUAUGUGAUAAAAAUAGCAAGCCGGCAGAGAAGGAUAUUAAAAAGGAUGUGACGGUCGUAAAUUCCAAACAUACUGUCAAAUUUCCCAGACCCAAGAGUCGUAAAAAUGGUAAAAACUUGAAAUUCUCCAACUUCAUAAAAACACCUAUAUUAAAAUCGGUAAACAAUAUCUUGGAUCAACGUACAAGACAGCUGCAUAAUAGUACCGCGAAGAGACUUCUGCAGAGGGCAAAAUCUAACAGUAACAAUGUGCGUAAUAUGACGGCACAAUGCGUAGAUAAAUCGAAUGCUGUAAGGAAAUUCAUUUUACCAGUUCGAAGUGCUCAUUCGUCGAGGGUUAUUAAACCUAAUAAAAGAUUUAUCGAAGAAUUGGAAGAGAUCUCUGGAGCGGAGCAUAGUGAGAAUGAAGUUGGCACGCAUGUGAAAAAAGCUAAAUUUGCAUUAAACAAACUUUGUAAUCAGGAAACGAAAUUGAAAGAUGGGAAUAUUGGUAGACCGUGUACAAAACCGAAAGACGCAGAGGGCAAGAGCAAGGCCAAAAAGGUGGCUCAGAAUGGAAAUUCUAACGGCCAAACUGUGAUGCAAUCUGUGAAGAAUCCUGAAAAAUUAUCAUCUGCACAAGACGCACAAGUAACGAAAACUACUAAUGCGGAAAUUAAAAGGACUAAUUUAUCGAAUAAGAACAAAAUAGUGAAAAAUUCACCUGACGAAGAAGCUAUUAGCGUGCAAGACGGUACGCAAAAUGUAAUCAGGAAAAAUCAAAAUGGAAAAUUGGCAGUUGCGAACUCUAAAAGCCAGAAACAAAUUUCUGUUCCUAUAAAAGUUCUUCCCGAUUCUGAUGUUCCAAGUUCAGAGUCUUCCAGGAUUCAGACGAGGUCAGGAGCUCAGAGUGAAACCGCCGCUGAUUUAGAUGCCAGUCAAACAAAUUCAGAAGAUGCUACGAGAACGAAGAAAAAUAUUGGCAUCAGAAAUCACGAUAACGUCGAUAAUGGGAGUAAAACUGCAGAGGGAAAUUCGGAUAACUUUGACACGGAAAGUACAUCGUCAGAAAGUGGAAGUGAACACAGUAACCACACUGAAGAUGAACAAUCCGAGUGGACUGGGAUGAAGUUAAGCGGCGGGAAAGUUAUCUUAAGGAAAGCGAGAUUAAAAUUAGAUAAUAAAUGUGUUGGUGGAACUGAAGGACCUUUCUCAACAACAAAUGGCAAUGGUAUUACAGGCGGAAAUACUAAUUUAGGUUUGACAGGUACUAUUAAAUGUGGUGUUUGCGGUGCUGUACGGUUUUAUCGGUUCGUGAAACAAGCUCGAAAAUUCGGUAUUCACAGUUGCGAGUCUUGUCGGAAGUUUAUCAGUAAAAUGAUUAAACGACAGGCUUGUGCAAAGUCAACGAACAGCACGCUUCCAGCCCUCCAAUGCCACAAGGGCGAUGGCUUGUGCUUGGUACCGCCUGUUGUAAGAAGUCAACAAUGGAAUCUCAUGAGAUGUGUUUACAAAGCUAGGUGUCCGGCUUGUUGGCUAAAGAUGUGUUUGAAGUGCUACAACAUUCCAUCUUCGCUACGAACAGGCUUGAACGCAUUGCUGCCACCAAUGAUGAGAGAUCCCUUAAGUAUCCCGCUGACAUUGACUCACGAGGAUAAUGAUAAUCAAGGACAGAAAUUGAUAUCUUCUAAGUUAGGUUGGCCAGCAGAAGACAAUUCAGAGAAGAACUUGUUCAAAUCAGCCAUGAGUUGGAGGAGCAUAGAAAUAGGUCAGAAAGCUAGCUAUCAAGGAACUGGUGGUUUCCUGUAUACAAAGUUAGAUAAGCUUGAUUCAUCAUUGAAUAUAUCACCUAAUAAAAAGAGAAGAAAGAAUAACAGGAUAAAAGUGAGGAAGAAAUUAAAGAAUCCGAUGUUCUCCUCGCCGUCUUUGGCCCAAUGCCCACAACCUCUGAGGCAGAGACUCGAUUUAAAGGGACCAAGAGUUAAACACGUUUGUCGAAGUGCGAGCGUAGCUCUUGGUCAGCCGAUCGCCACUUUUCCCAUGGUUGAUGGGAAAGUAGACACCGAAAGCAAUAAGCACAUUCCGAAAACUUCGAAGGAAACGGAUAAAAAUGAGAAAAAGGACGAAAUGAGAGAAAAAGAAACCCAAAAACAGAACGACGAAAAUACUGUAAAUUAUAAUGCUAUUAACGUGUCGCAGCAAUCGUAUCCAAAAAGAGGAAAAGCGCAACAAACCGUAUCAACGUCAAAUUUUCAAGUGGUACCUAAAACAAACAAUGAAGUAUUACAUACGGUAUCUAUAGACUUUUGGGAACAAUACGAUCCUUCGGAAGUAGGACAAAAAGGUUUUGCACUUAUUGGUUCGGAACUCUUUCAUAUUCCUGCUAUUUGUUACCUUUGUGGAAGUGCGGGAAAGGAGCCACUCAUCCACUGUCAGUGCUGUUGCGAACCGUAUCAUGCCUUUUGUUUGGAACCUAGUGAAUGGAAUGCUUGUGCUCAACCAAACUGGUGCUGUCCUCGAUGUACGAUAUGCCAAUCCUGUCAUCUAAGAUCUGGUCCGAAAUUGUCUUGCAUUCGUUGUCGUCAAUCGUUUCACCACUCGUGCUUGUCGAAGUCCGGUGUCAGCGCGAGACUUUACAGUCCCGAGAGGCCGUACGUGUGUCAAAGUUGUGUAAAGUGCAAAAGCUGUGGUAGCGAAGGAGUCAAUGUUCAUGUAGGCAACUUACCAUUAUGCUCGAUGUGUUUUAAAUUACGUCAGCAAGGGAACUAUUGUCCUCUGUGUCAAAGAUGUUACAACGAAAAUGAUUUCGAUACAAAGAUGAUGGAAUGUAGCGAAUGUUCUUACUGGGUACACGCUCACUGCGAAGGACUUUCCGACGAGCGUUAUCAAAUCCUUAGUUAUUUACCGGAUACCAUCGAGUUCACGUGCAGCCAAUGCUCUUCAAAUCCUAAUUCUAUUUGGAGAAACGCUAUAGAAGCUGAACUUAAAGCUGGUUUUAUAGGAGUUAUAAAAUCGUUAAGUAAAAAUAAGAAGGCUUGUGCUGCGUUGAAAUGGAGUCCAAGAAAGGAAUGUUCGUGCAGGCCUCUUUCUAAUGGAAGAAAAUUGGAUUUUUCGAAUGAAAAAUUCGAUUCGAAUGUAGUAAGCGGUAAAGAAGGUCUCAGUUUGGAAGACAGUGAAGAGAAUAGUAACGAGAAAGUAAAAAGUAUAGAAUUUACAUUGAACAAUAAUUCGAAAUCCAAUUCGAUAAAUAAGGUGGACGAUGAUCAGGCAAGCGAUUCUUCUAAUAGAAGAGGCUUAAGACGCCUUCGUCAAAAGUUUCAUUUAAAAGAAUGUUCGGUUCGCGUAAGGAAUUGUGUGAUAAAAGAUACUCAAGACGGUGACAAGAAGGAUUUAAUAAUUCAAGAAAAUUCGAAUAGUAAUUCAAACGAUAUUGAAUGCCAUUGUUCGGAUCAGCAAAUUAUCGUUAGGCCUUCGCUUACACUGAUGUCGGCCAAACGGAAAGUGAACAAUAACGAAUACAAAACGUUGUCACAGUUUCAUUGCGACCUGGAGCAUAUAAUCAAUCGUACCCGAAACAAGGAACUUACCGAUGCUUACUACGAAAUUCUACGGGAAGUAUUUCCAUGGUUCAGUCCAAAAAGUAUUAAAAAUGACAACGAGAAAAGCGGUACGUUAACACCCCCCAGGGAGGCUGAUAAGGCUGAUGGUUCAGUCACAAAGCUCGAUGAUUCGAUUCUAGAAGUAUGGAAGGAAGAAGUGAUGAAAGCGCCGAAAGCGAUCGCGGCUAAAACGGCAAAUUUAUAUAACGUUUCUGUUGAGGACAGUAGAUCAUGUUGUUUGUGCAAAGGCUUGGGCGACGGUUUAGAAACGAAGGAAGGUCGGCUGCUGUAUUGCGGGAAGAACGAGUGGGUACACUCGAAUUGUGCUCUUUGGUCUAACGAAGUGUAUGAAGAGAUCGAUGGUUCUUUACAAAAUGUUCACAGCGCUAUUUCAAGAGGUCGAUUAAUUCGUUGUUCGGAAUGCGGGAAGAAGGGGGCGAGCGUUGGUUGUUGCGCGAAAAAUUGUAACAGUACCUUCCACUAUCCUUGUGCGAGAAACGUUGGGCUUGCCUUCAACGAUGAUAAAACAGUAUUUUGUUCGUCGCAUUUAAAUAAUUGUACGCAUAAGACAUUACAAAACGAUAGCGAAUUCAGUCUACGAAGACCGGUAUAUGUGGAAUUGGAUCGUAAGAAGAAAAAGUUUGCGGAACCGAAUAAAGUGAAAGUUAUGAUAGGUUCGUUGACGAUAGAUUGCUUGGGCACCAUAAGACCUGAAUACUCCGAUGCGAUCGAAAAAAUCAUACCAUGCGAUUACAAAUGUUCCCGGCUAUACUGGUCCACGGUGAAUCCAUUCAAAAUUGUUAAAUAUUAUAUCAGAACGUACAUACAAGUGUACGCACCGGAAGUUUCUUCUGAUUUGGAAAAUAAUAUAACUAUCGAUCAUUCAAAAGAACGAGAGAAAGAGGAUGCAUUAAAUACGGUACAAACCGAAUAUUUAGCUGUGAAACAAACCUUAGACGCUUUGGUCGAUGCAGUUUGCAACAAGGAAGUCGAUGAAAACUUAGCAGAACAAAACAAUACAGAUCUUCUACCUCCAGAAUUAACGGAAGCUAUAUUCGAAGAGUUACCCCACGACUUAUUAGAUGGUAUAUCAAUGCAAGAUAUACUUUUGACAUAUGAAGAUCUUUUAGCAAUGGAUCUGAAGAACGACGGAUCAUUUGCAACCGAUUUAUUCAAGGACGACAUGCUGACGCCUGAAGUAGAUGAGAUUAUAAAACCGCCCGAAAGUAAAAUCUCGAAAGUCGAUCCCGCUUCAGUGGAAUUGGGAUCGCACAACGAUCUGUGGGUGCAUUUGGAAACUAAAGCCUCCGUCCACGAUUUAAUGGAUGAUCUGUUCAGUUCGAAGAAUCAAAAACAUGGUGGUAGAGAACUGAAACGAUCGAAAUCAGAGGUGAUGUCCAACAGUCCGCUAAUUGUUGGCGGACAGAGGCACCAUCAACGGUCAUGCAGUUUAACUUGGAGCUGUAAAUUGGACGGUACCUACGGGCCCGCCAUUAAGAGAAGAAAAUUAUCCCGAAACGCGACCAUGACAAAAUCAAACGAAAGUAACGUAAUGGUAUUGGACUCGCAGAAUGAACGGCCGCCUACGUUGCACGAGUUGAGGAUUCCGGAUGGCAUCAUGGUCACCGUGGGCAGAACGAACACGCCAAAUAUUUUGUCGGAUUCUAUGCGAGAAUUGAAGUACUGUAUCGAAGAUGCCAGUGGAGUUAAUCGCCGAGUAAUAUCUACUGGUCGUGAAGAAGGAAAAGAACAUAAACGACUCUUCUGGCACGCAAGGCAACAGCCGCGAAUAUUGCAGGUUGACGGAACCGUCGAUCCAAGCAGCGCCAGUGAGUGCAGCUCACCCGAAUACAACAUCGAGGAGAAGACCGAUGGGUUACGCGUGCCGGAACAUUUAUCGAUUCCUCAGUUGGACGGUAUCAAUGACGAGUCCUCGUGCGAUAGCGACGAGUUCGCUUUAUUCGCUGAGAAGGAUAUCAAUUCUUGUACAAAAUCCAGUAACACAUUGCGAUCCAAACGAAUCUAUGGAUUAAUUAGAUCACAUAUUACGAAGUCUAGUGAUAAAUUACAGAAAGCAAAAGAAAACGAUUUUUCUGAUCAACCGCAUUUCAAAGAGAAUAAUUCAAAGAUGAAUUUAAAGAUUCCCCAAUUAGAUGGAGCUGACGAUAUAUCCAGUGAUGACGAAUGCAUAUCACCGCAACACGUUCAAAACGCAAGAUCCGAGAUUACUUCUCAAUGCGAGACACCGUUGGAUCACAUAGAUCAUCCGGUAACGUGCAAACGUUGCCGUUGCACCUACAGAACGCAAGAUAGCUAUAAUAGGCACGUAUCGAAUUGUGAUAUCAUGAUAACAAGCGACAGUGAUUCGGAAACUAUGGACAACAAAUUGACAUCGCCUGAUUCUAGAUUUUCUCCGAGCAUCGGAUCCGUAUCCCCGCAAUUUAUAACGCUAUCUCCAUCUGAAGGUCAUACUCUGUCCUCCGACUAUCCUGAUAUUCAAGCCACUUCGCCCUUGGAAGCUACUGUACCGUCGCCUCAUCCAGCCAUACAAAUUGAACCCAUCGCUCAAGCAAUUAUUACACCACAAAUUCAUACACACGCUACCGUGGAAACUGUUCAUCAAACGGUACUGACAUCAAACGACAUGAUCGUUCAGACACAAUAUACCAGAACAACGACCACCUUACCAAAUACCACGGUAUUACCCCAAGAAAGUAGUGUCCAAAUAACAGAAAUUACAGACGCACCAUCAGUCGGCAGUGAUUCUAGCAGAUCACCAAACAGUGUUAGUACUCCUAUGAAUUCCCCGAACAGUGCGAGUCCUCGAACGAUUCCGAGUCCGCAGGUGUCGCCUACAUUUUCGUCUACCGGCGUGCAAACGGCGGCCAACGAGUCGGCUAACGUUCAAGUAAUAAAAUUAGCUAAAGCGAAAUCACCGAGAGCAUCGAAGUCUCGAACAAAAGGAAUUAAAACGCAGAUCGCAAAGAAUACUAUACAACCUCACAACGGGCACGCUAGGUUUCAGCCGGUGCAAAACAACGCUCCGGUUAUACAGUUGCAGCAAGCUCAAAGACCGAGCGCGCCAACUGUGAUAUUGCAGCAAACGCCUCCAGGCAUCAUGUCGUACGUUGAAACAUUGCAACAACAGUCUGGACAAAAUCUGCAGUACGUAACAACGAUCGGUGGACAGCAUGAAGCCGCUUUUAAACCUCAAUUCAUAACGACCAAUCACUUGGUUCCCGGUGCAUACAUACAAGCAUCUUCCGACAACCUGUUGGCGUUGCAAAACGGAGGUAUAUCGAUAUUGCCAGGCGUGCAAAUUGCUCAGCCGCAGCCGACGGUUCUUGGAACGAUUAUACAACAGCAACCUAGUGCAAUUCAGUGCGGAGUCAUAUCGUCUGAACAACUACUUUUAAGUUCGACGCCGACGCUAGAGAUGUUCACAGAUUCGACGGGCAGUAUGUUUCUCUCGAAUCAACCGAUGUACUACGGUUUGGAGACUAUCGUCAGCAAUACGGUGAUGUCUUCCAGUCAGUUCAUGGCUGGCGCGGUGCCGCAAGUGUUAGCGAGCAGUUACCAGACGACGACACAAGUUUUUCAAGCUUCGAAACUCAUGGAGCCUCUCGUCGAUGUUCAAGCCGUUCCGGGUGUACCCACUGUGGCAGCAGUGCAAUCUGUUCAGAGCGUACCCGGUGGAGUGCCUGGCGUGCCUAAUGUACCAAACGUUGCCAACGUAUCCAACAUGUCCAACGUGACCAAUAUAGCCAGCAUACCCAACGUACCUAGCGUCACCAAUGUACCUAAUGCUCCAGGUGUACCUGCUAUACCAACUAUACCCACUGUAUCCUCCGCAUGCAGUGUAUCUAAUAUAUCCAAUAUACCGAGCAUAACGAAUAUACCCAACGUGUCCAGUGUACACACAGUACCAAGCUUACCUAGUAUGCCUAGCGUACCCAGCAUACCUACGAUAUCUACUACAUCCAAUGUACCUAGUGUAUCCAAUUUACCCAGCGCAUCCAGUGUACCUAACAUACCCAGCGUAUCUGAUGUACAGAACAUACUCACUGCUCCCGUCAUACCUAAUUUACCUAUCGGUCCCAGUAUACCUAACGUAUCUAAUAUAUCCAAUAUGCCUAAUACACCCGCUUUACCUAAUACUUCUAAUAUAAGCAACAUACCAGCUGUGUCCGCUGUUCAAAACGUAUCCAACGUUCCCACCUUGCCGCCCAGUAUGGGGAACGUGUCCAGUAUAUCUACAGUACCCAGUGGUUACGUGGUCAUGAAUCAGCCAAAGCCAACAGCGCAAUCGGAGCCCAUAGUAACGCCGUCGCAGAUUAAUAUACCUGCGAUACCUGAACGAAACUUUGCCUCCGCUACAUGCAAUGCUAUGUUGCCCGUAUCAUGUCAAAGCUUUACGGAACCGGUGACACCGAUACAACUACCGGACGCUUGCCCGUCUGAACCUCAAGUAGCACCGAUCGCGGCGUCGUCUCCGAAAUUGUCGCAGAAUUCAAUACCAACGAUACCGAGAGUGGCCGUACGACCGAGUCCAGCCGCGAACUCUGUUACGCAACCGAAUAGUGGACCGUGGAAGAUUACAGAAUCGUUAUUCGGUUCGGAACAGAUGAUGAGCAACGGUAUACGACCAUAUUUUGACUCGAAACACGUGUCGCAAAAUACCAGUAUGAUAAAGUCUAGCAUAUCAUCGAAGAUACCCCCAUUACCUAAUCACUGUAUAACACAGAGGGAUAUAAUUGUAAAUAAGUUGAAUCAUGAUGUAAAUAAUGUGCAUAAUAAUUUUAGUAGUGUAUCAAAUUCAAACAAUAUUAAUGUAAGUACGAGUAAUAAUCCAGUUAUCGCUAACUCGAGCGUACAAAAUAAGAUUACUAUGUCUACGAGCAAUGUUCCGACGAGUCGGCCGAUGAACAGAGUGCUACCCAUGCAGGCUGUUACUCCGAAACAAGACACAACCAAGACGAUACAGAAAACAGAAAUGAUUAUUGAGGAACCAACGAAACCAGAAAUCAAACCAGCAGAACCGGAACAGAAGCUCGCGGAAGCGAAGAAGCAAAUCGUUGAGGCUGUGGUGCCGACAGUCAAGAAACCCGAAACAACUAUAAACAACAUAAACGAAACGCUGAAGCUGAACACCGAGACGAUCGAGAAGGUGAAAGAGAAUCUGAAAUUAGAGCUGGACAGAGAGAAACUGCAGAAUGCGUCGCUGAAAAUAGUUUUACAAAAGCAACUGCAGGAUGGUUCUUACAAAAUCACACACAACAUGAAAGCAGUAACGCAGAAUAAAAAGUCGCCGCAGGUAACGUCCGUUGAGAUACUCCCAUCGAAACAGGUGCCACAGAUAACUUCCUUGCAAUUGUUGCCGAUAAAAACGUUUACGUUGAAAACGAACAAGAUCGAGGAGAAGGUGAAACCUAUUGAGAACAACAAGUUCAACUUGUUGAAAACUAAAACUCCGCCGGUGGCUGUUAAAAAGCCUAGAGUAAUCAGCAAGUCGAUUAAAUCUGUACAACCGCCUCCACCGACUACGCUAACCCAGAAGAACGCCUCGAAGGGACCUACACUGAUGUACGAAAUUAGGUCGCAGGAUGGAUUCACUCAUACCGCUUCCUCGAUGGCCGAAGUAUGGGAGACCGUGUUCCAGGCAGUACAAAAUGCUCGGAAGGCCCAUAAUUUGCCUCCAUUGCCGCAUAAUCCACUUAUCGAAAAUUUGGGUCUGGAGAACAACGCCACGGUCUACUUGGUCGAGCAGUUACCGAAAGUGAACCGGUGUACCAAGUACAAACCGAGGUUUCAUAACUUGACGCCGCCUAAGCCGGGUGAGACCGAAAACGAUCUGCUGAAAGCGUGCGAUAACGGAGCUGCUCGCGCAGAGCCAUUCAAGGGAAGAAAAGUUCACGACAUGUUCAGUUGGCUCGCCUCGAGACACAGACAGCAACCAAAAAUGAUCUCAAUAUCGGAAGCUGAAGCCAGACGAGUUACGAGCACAAAUUUACCAAUGGCGAUGCGCUUCAGAAUAUUGAAAGAAACAUCGAAGGAAUCAGUUGGAGUGUAUCAUUCUCACAUACAUGGUCGAGGUUUAUUUUGUCUGAGAGAUAUCGAAGCUGGAGAGAUGGUUAUCGAAUACGCAGGCGAGGUGAUUCGAGCCUCCUUAACUGACAAACGAGAGAAAUAUUAUGAUAGUAAAAACAUAGGAUGUUACAUGUUUAAAAUCGAUGAUCAUUUUGUCGUUGAUGCUACGAUGAAAGGAAACGCAGCUAGAUUUAUCAAUCACUCGUGCGAGCCGAACUGUUACUCGCGAGUGGUGGACAUCCUAGGUAAGAAACACAUUUUAAUUUUUGCUCUCCGUCGCAUCAUACAAGGGGAAGAGUUGACAUACGACUACAAAUUUCCCUUCGAGGAUAUUAAGAUUCCGUGUACCUGCGGAUCACGCAGAUGCCGCAAAUACCUCAAUUGAGAUUGCAUACAAAUAUGGUGAGCGGCCGGCCGGCACAGCGAAGAAAAGAUAAAGAAAGAAAUGAUAACGUGCUAUAAUUAUGCGCGCUUCGGUAUAGAAUUCAUUUUAUUGAACGUUAUUCAUUUUAAUCAUCAAACUAUUUUCAGAGAUCGCAGCUUUUUAUUAUUAUAUAAAGGAAUAAUAGACUAUACACAUUUUAAAAUAUUAGAAGGCCAGAUUAUACAUACAUAGAUAUCGUGAAACAUCGCGUUAUGACAAUGUUACUUUAAACGACUACACUUCGUAGUUGAUUUAACCCUUGACGGUCAUCCGGGAUGACGGUAACACUAAUUAAUUUUAAUUUCAAUUUUAAAUACGCGUUGUAUUUUAAGUAGCACUUAAACUUUGUUCUGUUUUUUUUUUAAUCAUUUUUAAUACUGGCUUAAAAUUUGAUGGCAUGAUUAAAUGGAGUUUUUUUAAAGCGUUUAAUUUAUGUCCAGUAAAAUUUCUCAAUCAAAAGAAUGAUCUUUAACGGAAUAUCGACUGGGGACACAAUAUCACGUGACAGUCAUGAAAUCUUUGCGAUGUGGGACCGUUGAGGGUUAAGAAGGGGGUAUAUUUAUAGCAAUAAAUGAUUGAAUAUGUCCUGCUUUCGUACCCAGUAAGGUCUCGCGUGCUUCGUAUCGCGUCAAGACUCAUGAAAGUGUUACUUUAUCCACACGCCUGUGCUUUCGUGCACGUCUUCUAGAAUUCUACUUACUUUAUUAUCUACUAUCGAGGCUUAAGUGUACAAGUUAUCGUCACUUUACACUAAAUCUGAAGUGCUUUUAGCUUAUACUUAUAUAUAUAUAUAUAUACACACACACAUAUAUAUAUAAUAUAAUAUAAAUAUGUAUGUAAAUUUCCUCUUUACAUAUACUUUUAUUAUCUUGAGGUCGUACGUGAUCGAACCAAGCCGAGACGUACGAUGUUGCACAAAAUACAUUAACACAAAAAUGAGACAAGUACUUAAAGGAAAGCUGAACUAAUACGCAGUUCUAUGACUUACUUUCCUUUACACGUACUAUAUGUAUACUCGAGCGUAAUAACGAUGCAUUACUACGCUAUGAAUAUCGAGACGAACUAAUAAUUAAUUAUAAAGGGCAUACUACUUUUAUUGUGAAUUUAAAUUUUACAUGUAACGAUAUAUAUGGUUGAAUAUUUUUAAACGAAAGUUUUAUGUGAAUCUAUAUAAAAUUUAGUGUACAGUGUACGACUAACUUCGUGACAUUUCAUGUCUGAUGUAGGGCUAGAUUUCAAGCGUUCUUGUAAAAUAUGUAAUUGUUAGAAUUAGACAUUGUCUUCACGUAAGUACAGCUACCACUUUAAAGUUAAGUAAUAUACAUGUAUACAUGUUAGGGAGAAAAGAAUGCGAGCGCGAGAAAGAGUGUGAGAGAGAUAGGGAAAGAGUGACAGGAGGGAAAGAAAGACAGAGACAAGAAGGAACAGUUUCCUAGCGUGGGAUGCUGUUUGAAGGAGUACCUACUUUGGCAGACAUUGAUGACGUUUUAGAUGACGAAAAGGAAAUAAAGAAAAUAGGGAAACGAAGGCUUUGCUUCCUUGAAGGAAUCGAGAAGUCUGCUCGUUCGUUUCAUACGAAGAUUUAUGUACGCGCAAUAUUAUUUUGAUACGUUUUUAUAGAUAUUUAAACGAUGCACCCAUAUGUUUGUGCUUCCGCCUUGCCAAUAUUGUAAUAUUAAUCUCCUUUUAUUUUUAUGUUUAACGAUCGUAAUUCGCUGAAGGACGCGAAUCAUUUUUUUUUUAUUUCAUAGAAACUACGAAACCGCUGAUCCAUCAUUGCUUAUGCGUGAUUUUCUGUUAUCAGAUUUUUUAACUACAUUCUAAAGAGGCAACUGUGAAAAGAAAUAAUUCGAUCAUUGUUUCGAGUAAAACUUUUCUAGAAAUGGCUUCUAGAAAAUGUUUGUGAUAUAUUUUCCCACACUGGGAAAAAAUUACGAAUGUUCUUUAUAGAAAUAUAUUUGAAAUUUCUUAUGGAUAUACGUGUGAAAAUUACGUAUUCCGUAAGAAACACCUUUCUGUGAAAUGCAGUUUUGCCUUACCUUUAAUGUACCUACGCUUGGAACCCGGUGAUAGAGUUAGGUGUACCGCCCGAUAUCUUGGAUUCGAACUUGGGAAAAAAGAAAAGGAAACCGUAAUAGCAUCUAUGAAUUCAUUAAGCUACGACGAAGGUGUUUUAGUGCGAUUAAUCAAUUUCUGCCGGAGGUGGUUGCCCCUUAAAAUUUGGUGCUCCGUGGACACCGUUAAGUGCACUUUAUACGAAAAAUGGCCUAGAGUAAGAGAAAUAUAAGUAGGCGGCAGCGGAAGAGAGUCUGAUAAUAAAAAAAGAAAUAAGAAACGUAUGUUAUACAAGGAAUAUUGAAUCGCGAAUUAUUUAAAGAAGUAAUAUAAAGAUGUGGAUGAUGGCAGGAAUAUUAUUUGUGCACGCGAGUAAUCAUCGAUCGUGCAAAACAUUUUAAUCGGCCUGGUUUGGUACAAAAUGCGUAUGCUGAUUUGUAAAAAGUUAUAAAACGAGGAGAGAAAAAAAUGUGUAAACUUGUUCUGGUCACGAGAAAUUGCCAUUUUUUAGGAAUCUUUUUUUCUCUUUUUUCUUAUUAUUACCAAUAAUUAAUAACAAUUAUUGAGAAAAUAAUUAUUGUUAAUAUAAAUGAUAAUUAAUUUUAAUAUGUAAAAAAAUGGUAAUAACGACGUAAGAAAGGUAAUUUACUUGAAGAUAUAAUAGCAAUGUUAGAUAUUUUAUUGAUAUUUAUUAUACUUAUGGAUGACGGUUUUAGGAUUAACAAGAGAUGUACUAAUUGAAUUAAAACAUGAUUUUAGAGAACAUGGUGCACACGAUGGUCUAAUGUUGUUGAAAAGAUACGAAUCUGUCAGCUUUUUUUACGGUUCGGAAAAAAAAGAAAGGAUCCUUUUCUCUUGCCGAAGAGAACAAAGUAAACAUGCGUUCUCGUAAACGCGUUACACGACAUCACCGUAGAACAGUGUGGAAUUAUAAAAUAUACGCGACGUGUUUUCGGUAUAUUUUAUAUUCCUAUCGCGGAUCGUAAUAUGUAUGGUGAUCGUAACUGUAAUAAUAACGAGUACAUAUGUAUAUAUACAUAUAAUACGUAUGUGUAUGUAUAUAUAUAUUUACACGUGCCGGUAGACAAAUUAAGAACACUGUUUUUUAAUUAUUUUUUUAUUUAUGAAAUCCAUAUAAAAAUAUCCUACACUCCGAAGGUGGGGAUGAAAGCAAAAAACAAAAUGUAGUUUUAGUAACCCUUGUGACAGGAUACCUAUAAAGAAAAAUCGUGUAAUGUAACCCGACUACUCUAACUUCUCAAAGAGUUUAAACGAGCGUUCUUUUCAUUCUGGAAACAUACUCUCUGUAUCUUUUAACGGAUUUCUUAUGAAAUCUCAUCGGAGAAGCUCUUUAGUAUUACGCAAUCAGCCUUCAUUAUUACUGUUAAUUAAUAUUAUCAAUUAAUUAUUAUAAUCUACACAAGAAGAGAUAGCAUAAUACACCGUUACUCAUAUUGCGCACCGUUUGUUUAACUACACAAACACACACACACACAUACACAUACACACACACCUGUCAGCACCUUUGAAAAGUGAUUCGUGUGAAAGAAGAAAGCAAAAAGUUUUGUCGUUAGAGAGGAAAAAACAGGUCUAUAUUAUACAUAUGUAAGUAUAUACAUGUAUAACCACGAAACUCGACAUGUAUGUGCAUUCUUUUACCUGGAGACAAAUUCGCCCUAGGUAAUAGAUGUGUUGGACAUUUGCUGGUUUCUGGUGUGAUAAUGAAACGAGUGGUUAAGUUACUCACUGAACUGUGUACGUCCGUUAAUUACGUUUUUAUGACGAUUACAGAACAUCGCAGCGUUGUAUUCUCUUGCAAAUCGAAAAUUUCACCUCUUCGAGUCAUUGGGUUCUUCAUUUUUUUAAUAGAAAGUGAUAAGAAAUUUAAAGGGAAAAGAUUAAAAUGUGAAACGCUUUUUAAAUCAUCAUGUAUAAACAAAAAAAAAAAUAGUAUUAUUCUAAUGUGUAAACGAAACAUAGAAUUUUGAAUAUUGUACUUGUUUAAAAGGAGAAAGAAAGACGAUGAAACAAAAGAAAGAUAAAUAAUAAUUACUAUUGUGAAAUUAAGAAAGAAAAGGGAACGAAAGGAAAAUUAAAAAAAUUGUCUGUGAUUAUCAGUCAUAAUAAUCUUUAGGUCGACAUAUUUUUUAGAGAAUAUUUUUUAGCAAAUUACAAAAUUUAUGAUAUAUCCCUAUUAUUGAUAUGAUAUUGGAUCAGACACGCUACGCAUAAUAUUAAAAUAAUUAAAAAGAAAAGAAUGGAAACUGUAAAAGUUGCAAACUGUUUAAUAGAAUUACGAAUAGUUGAGAUCGAUGGCUGUUGUAAAAUAUUCAGUGUUUGGACAAAUAAUUAUUAAAAAAAAAAACCUAUUUAUAACGACUAAUAUCGAGGUAUCGAUUAUGAUAUAUUAUUGUAUCGCAUACUAUAGUAGCGUUUUUAACUCUUUUGCGUUCGCAUAUUCAUCAGAAUAGAUUAUACAUAGACGGAAUUGGUCGUAGGGGCCCAUAUAAGACGAAAUCACGAUGAAUGUAAAAUUGAAACCGAAGAGAUGCUGCGGAAAACUGAGAUGGUGUUUAUUACGCGCUAUCGGCGUGCAAAUUGUCGUUAUAAAAAUGCAUCUACUUAUUGUAGAAAACUUAUGAAGUAAUCGUAAAAUAUUUACAUUAACCAGAUGAUAUGCAUACCACAUAGAAACACGUAACUGCUUUCAUCAUACGAUACAUAUUAUACAUGUACCUACUGCGUACAAGCAUACAUAAUUACAUGAUAUACACGCAGAAAGAGACGAUACACUACACAACCGUACGCCCAUGUUUUGUAAUUAAAUGUUUUUGUUAGUAUUAUAUGAGAAAUUAACAGAAUAAAAACACAAAUGGAAAUAUAAA